UAUCCGGGAGUGAAAAGAGUUACUGGAGUUGAUAUCAGAACUCACCUCUUGUAGUUUUUCAAUUGUCAACAGUCAAUACCCUAACCUUGAUGAAAAUGUAAAUAUUAAAGUGGUUGAUAUGAUUUUAUACAACAAACUUUGAUAAAGUGGAAUAUCUACUGUAAUAAAUGAUGGAGAAUGAUACAAAUUCAGAAUUGAGAUCUGAUGUAUAUUUUUUGAUCCAAAAAUUUUUAUCUUGUGGUUCAUUGAAGAAGACAUUGAAGGUAUUCAAUGAAGAACUGGAAGAACAUAAAGUACUCCCGAAAAGAAUCGACUGGGAAGGAAAUGAACAUGAACGUUCUGUGGAUGAUAUGAUUAAACAAUUUCCCCAUAUUCGACCUGAUUAUUUAUUGCAUUUGUGUUAUCAGGCUACUAAUUCAUUUUUAAAUGGCAGCAGCUCCAAUGAAAACUCUAGCAGUUGUAGUAAAAAUAGAUCUUUUCUAAGUUUCAGACCAAAAAAUUGUAUUGGAAAUGAUAUUUUAACAAAUUUCAGACAAUAUUUCAACUAUGUAGCUAGAAGUCACCUAACUCCUAUACACAAUAUAGAUGCUCCAUUUAAUAUUGUUAAUUCCCUUCGGGGCAGGGAAGUAUCAGGACCAUUUUCAAGGCAAAGGGCUGUAACUCCAAAUAUAUACAGAUCUCUACAGAUUCAAAGAACUACUAUAGGACACCUUUCGGCAGUAUAUUGUUUAUUAUUUGAUCAUUCAGGAAAAUUCAUUAUAACGGGGGCAGACGACUUGUUGAUAAAACUGUGGUCGGCCUAUACUGGAAGGCUUAUAGCAGUUUUUCGAGGUGCUUCUUCUGAAAUAACCGAUAUUGCCAUCAACUCUGAGAACACUUUAUUAGCAGCUGGAUCAAUUGAUAGAAUUAUCAGAGUGUGGAAUUUACAGACUGGAUUCCCUGUAAUUGUUCUUACUGGCCACAAUGGUAUGAUAACAUCUGUAAACUUUUGUCCAACAGCAUGUUGGGGUGUAAGGUUUCUGAUCAGUACCAGUACUGACGGCUCCAUAGCAUUCUGGACAUAUACCUAUGAGUCAGGGGUUAAAGCAGAAUUCAGAAUUGGUUGAUACAUGGUGAAAAACUAUAAGGAGUUCAAAACCAUAUUCCUAAAUUGGAGGUACCAGAAAAAGCCAAUAUUUAGUGAGAUACAUGAUAAACUAUAAGCAG